GUUAGAUCAAAUGCUAAAAUUGCUGCUGCCUGUUGCUGAGUGGAAAACAGCAGAAAGCUCUGAGUUCAAAUAUCUAUUGGGUUUUUGUUUUGCUUUCCUUUGUUUCUUGUGUUUUGCUUUAAGAAGAUGAGCACAGAAACCACAACCCUGGUGUCCUUGACGGAGGCGAUGAAAAGGGUAGGCCAUAAACUCCAAGCUUUAGAAGCACAGUUCAGAGAACUUGACAUCACCAAGGAUAAUCUGACCCAGAAAUUUAAAAACCAUAGCAAGACUUUGGCAAGCCAAGCUCAGCAAGAUGAGCUGUGGAUGGCGGUUCUGGCACUCAAGUUCACUUCAAUGGAACUGAAUAUUUUGUACAGCUAUGUCAUUGAAGUACUUACCUGCUUGCACACUCGUGUGCUUGAGAAGCUGCCAGACCUGGUGAGAGGUCUGCCCACCUUCACCUCUGUCCUUCGACGAAAAGCCAAGAACCAGCGCAUCAGAGUGGCUUGGGAGUCAGUCCUGGAGGAGAGUGGGCUGCAGGAGGGAGACAUAGCCGCACUCAGCGUCUUCUUCAUAGUGCACAGCAGCUCCGCAGAGCACUACGCCGCCACAGCUAGACGCAUGUAUGUCAGAGACGCCACCUUCCUGAUCACCAGCAUGGUGAAGCACUGCGCCUUGCGUGAAGGUUUGCUGAGGGCGGUCCAGGUCAUUGACAAGGGAAAGGCAGCCAGGACACCUGAAGCAGGACCGUCCUCCCUAAAAGAGUUGCUGCCUUCAGUCAGAAAUGAGCCUGUCUAAUCCUGGCACUCAUGAGGCUGAGGCAGGCGGUCACUGUAAGUUGGAGACUCUGUCUCAACAAAAUAAAACAAACAAACAAAACUUGUCAUCCUCUGACCCAGUGAUUCAACAUCUAGUCAUUUAUUUUGGAAAUUAAAAAAAAGAAAAG